AUCCAAAGUUCAAACGAAGUCGACGAUAAAAAAACUCACACUUCCACGCACGGCACACCUGCAAAUAUUCCAUGGGCGCCAAGCUUUCCUGCUCUUCCACCCACCGAGGAACCCUCUCGCAGCAGCCACACCAUCCGGCGCCCGUCAGGGUCAUCGCCGCCGACGGCUCGCUGAAGGAGCUCCCGGCGAGUCCCGGAGUCACCGUCUCCGACGUUCUCGGCGGCGACGCCACCUCCUUCUUCGUGUGCAACUCCGACGCGCUCUACUUCAACGAACCCCCACCGGCGCUGGCCUACGACGAGCUGCACCGGCCGGGUCAAAUAUACUUCCUGCUCCCGGCCGCGGUGCUCGGGCGGCCGCUCUCGAGCGCCGACAUGGCCGCGCUGGCCGUGCGUGCGACCGCGGCCAAGAGGCCUGAGCGGCGCGGCGACAGCGAAGACGUCCUGUUCAACGUGAAGCUUAACGAGCGGACGCUCGGGGAGUUCGCGGUGUCGGUGAGUCCGGCGAAGAAGAGCAACGGGAAGCUCGCCGUGCGGUCGCGGCUGAGGCUGAAGCGUGCUCCGAGCAGUGCCAGUGAGCGUCAUACAGGAGGCUGCUGACUGAAGCAAUUUUUGUUCCUUCAAAUUUGGAACCAUUCUUAAUUCCUGAGUCCUAACACCUAAGCCUAAGUCAACGUUAAAUUGAUUUUUGUAGAUUUAGGCCGGAAAGAAAGAAACGAAACUGGGAAAGAUAUUGUAAAUAUCUCCCCGUGUGUAUAUACGGUACAAUAGAAAAUGCCAACAAACUGAUUCCUGAGUUGUUAUCUAAUUUGUAUGGUAUUUUGUUUAUUUGCGUAAAAUAUAUAUUGUAUAUUUUUUUCUGUUUUA